AUGGUGGCUGUGGUACAGCGCCCCCACGUGGCUGUAUUCUGCCUGCCACUGUUAAUUGCAGCAGGUGUCAUGCCCAUGCCGGACCCCAAGAGGAGGGAUGCCCUGAUACAGCUGGAGGCCUCCCAACAGACGGGAGGCCAAAUUGUGCUGAGCGACUUAGAGAAGCUUCUGGAUGCUCGACUGUACCAAAUGAAGCAGGAUGAGAUGGCCAAUGCUCAUUUUCCUCCCGCCAUGCACUUCUUCAAGGCGAAACCCUUGAUUGAGCGCAGCCCCAUCUUCAGCCUGCUGCAGAAAAUGCCCAAAGGCGGAGCUCUGCAUGUCCAUGACCUCGCCAUGGGGGAUCCUGAGUGGCUCGUGAAGAAUGUUACGUAUCGAUCAAACUGCUACAUGUGUGUCACCGACAAACAGGCGGUCAGAUUCAUCUUCUCGUCUGGUCAGCCUGCGCCUGCCCCGAACUGUUCCGCCUGGAUGCUGAUGGAAACACUUAGGAACAAACUGGUCAACGUUACAGAUCUUGACAACAGCAUCCUGGCUAACAUGACACUCUUCACUGAUGAUGAUCCUGAGGCUUUGUAUCCUCACCAAGCUGUGGUUUGGGAGAGGUUUCAGAUGAACUUCAUGGCUGUGAUGGGUCUCAUUACAUAUGCUCCAGUCUUUCGAGACUAUUACUACCAUGGCCUCAGCCAAUUUUACAAAGAUAACGUCAUGUAUCUGGAAAUACGUGCUUUACUUUUGCAGACUUACGAGCUGGACGGCAGCACUCAUGACUCCGUGUGGGCGCUUCAAACCUACGGUGACGUCACCAAACGGUUCAUUUCAGACCACCCUGAUUUCUUUGGAAGCAGAUUCAUCUUCAUAGUGCAUAGAACAAUGGAUUCAGCUGCAUUGAAGGGAGUGGUGAAGAAGGCAAUAAAGCUGCAGAAAGACUUCCCAGACUUGAUGGUCGGCUUUGACUUGGUCGGCCGCGUAGACGAUGGAAAGCCUCUUUGGUAUUUCAGAGAUGCUUUAUCAUUACCAUCUCAGAUGGGCGUGACACUUCCCUACUUUUUCCACGCCGGAGAGACAAAUCUGGAAGGCACAGACGUUGACCAGAACUUGCUUGACGCCAUUUUGUUUAAUACGUCGCGAAUUGGACACGGAUUUGCACUGACUCGCCACCCUUUGGCUCGCGAACUAUCUAGGAAGAGAGGUGUGGCUGUGGAAGUGUGUCCCAUAUCCAACCAGGUCUUAAAGCUCGUGGAUGACCUGCGAAACCACCCGGCGGCAACUCUGAUGUCACAGAACCACCCGAUGGUGAUUAGUUCCGACGACCCGGCUAUGUUCGGUUCCUCAGGCCUAUCCUACGACUUCUACGAAGCCUUCGUGGGCUUCGGCGGCAAUAGAUCAAACUUGGGCACUCUUAAGCAACUGGCCAUCAACUCCAUUUUAUACAGCGCGUUGAAACCAGAACUGCAGAACAAAGCUCUUGACGCAUGGGAGAGGAAAUGGGACACGUUUGUCUCUGAAAACGCGUUCCAGAAGCCAAACUGUGUUUAUGGCAAUUUUAUUUGUGCUUAUCCCAAUAUGCUGCCUUGGAAGAAACUCUUUAAUUCCGCUGCGGUACUGUGA